AUGGUGAGGUUGGUGAUUGUCUUUGGAGGUUUUGCCAUGAGUAUGGUGAGGAAGAACUUUGAUGAAGGGCUUGGUUCAUCCAUCAAGAAGCUUAAUGGUGGUCAAAAGAAUGAUGAGCUGGAUAGCAUCAAACUUCCAUCAAAGUCCAUCAUAGAGAUCACUAGGUUGCCAGAAUUUGUGCUCCAAACUAAAAUUAAGGAUGAGAUGGUAUGUCAGGUGGAGAGUGAGAUGUUAUGUAGAGCCUACUUCCAUAUGUAUUUGGGUGAUGAUCCUUUUGACAAGGAGGCCAAGGACAAGUUUGGGGAACGCUUGCUCACCAUCUUCUAG